AUGUCAGUGCUGGGCACGGGCGGAUUGGCAAGCAUCGCAAACAUCCUGGCGGGCGCGGAAACGCUGGCGGUUGGUAUGAGGUACUUCCACAUCAACAAGAACAAGUACCACAAUCCCAUUAUUAAUGUGGACAAGCUGUGGUCACUACUUGGCAGUGAGGUGCGAGAAACGGCUGCAAAAGACACGUCCAAGGCGCCAGUCCUGGACGUCACCAAGUACGGCUACUUCAAGGUGGUGGGCAAUGGCCACAUCCCCGCCCAGCCCCUCAUCGUGAAGGCCAAAUUGUUCACCAAAAGGGCUGAGAAGAAGAUAUUGGAGGCUGGAGGCGCCUGUUUGCUGACAGCCUGA